AUGUUUAUAAAUUUACUUUCACAUUCUACAAAGCUAUCAAAUUUUAACAAUAAAAGGCUUCUGAUUCGUUAUUUUAAUACUGAUUUUUUGAACUUGAAACAAGUAACUCCAAUUUCCACCGAGCUAAAAAAGUUUAAAACAACACCUCUUUUCAUUAACGGGGAAUUAAUAGAGUCGAAAACAACCAAAUGGAAUCCGAUUUAUAAUCCAGCGACAAAUGAAAUUAUUACUAGUGUCCCAGAGGCUACCCAAGAAGAAUUAAAAGCCUCAGUAGAAUCAGCAGCUGAAGCUUUUAAAACAUGGAAGAAUUCAUCAAUACUUACAAGACAACGCGUCAUGUUAGAUCUUCAAUUUUUAAUUCGAGAGCAUACCGACGAAAUUGCUAAGUCAAUUACUGAAGAACAAGGAAAAACAUUUUCUGAUGCAAAAGGGGAUGUGUUAAGAGGACAACAAAUAGUUGAGAAUGCUUGCGGUAUAACUAACUUAUUGUUAGGUGAAAUUUUAGAAGUUUCAACGGAUAUGGAUACUUUUACCAUUCGUGAACCUUUAGGUGUAACUGCUGGAAUAUGUCCUUUUAAUUUUCCUGCCAUGAUUCCAUUGUGGAUGUUUCCUUUAUCAAUUGUUUGUGGAAAUACAAUGGUAAUUAAACCAUCAGAACGUGAUCCUGGUGCUAUGAUAAUUCUUGCUAAAUUAGCAAAACUAGCUGGCGUUCCCGACGGUGUUCUCAACGUUGUUCAUGGCUCAACUGACGUAGUAAAUUUCCUUUGUGACAAUAAACAUAUUAAAGCAAUUUCUUUUGUUGGAAGCAAUAAAGCUGGCGAAUAUAUACAUCGACGUGGAACCUCCAAUGGAAAGAGAGUUCAAGCAAAUUUGGGUGCAAAAAAUCAUGGUGUAAUUAUGCCUGAUGCGAAUAAGAAUCAUGCUCUUAAUCAACUUACAGGAGCAGCCUUCGGUGGAAGUGGUAUGCGCUGCAUGGCUUUGUCUACCAUGGUAUUUGUUGGUAAAUCAAAAGAAUGGUUGCCAGAACUUGUUGAACGAGCAAGAAAACUAAAAGUUUCGGGUGGAUUCGAGCCAGAUGUUGAUCUUGGACCAUUAAUAACGCGUCAAGCAAAGGAACGAGUUGAAAAAUUAAUACAGUCAGGGGUUGAUCAAGGCGCUGAAUUGUUAUUAGAUGGCCUAUGUUUAAAUACUGACACUCUUGAUGAAGCUAUUGAAUUAAUCAAUAAAAACCCUUAUGGGAAUGGUACAGCAAUAUUUACCAAUAGUGGUAGUAAUGCACGAUAUUUUACUUCUAAUAUUGAAGUUGGUCAAGUUGGUGUCAAUGUUCCGAUUCCUGUUCCUUUACCAAUGUUUUCUUUUACAGGCAACAAAGCAUCAAUUCAAGGAGAUAUGAAUUUUUAUGGUAAAUCUGGAUUACAAUUUUAUACACAAACUAAAACUGUAACUUCUUUAUGGAGACAUGAUGAUGUUAAUCAUUCACAUUCAUCUGCUGCUAUGCCAACAAUACAAUAA